AUGGAGAAAACUGAAUCGGUGAACGACUACGCCAUGCGUCUUACUACUCUGGUGGGAGAGAUCUGCGCGCUUGGUUCAAAACUCGAGGAGACCGAGAUAGUGGAGAAGUGUACCGCGUACAUCAUAUCUCGUGAUCCAGUUGAUUUAAGUCCAGGGCAGCUUCAUAAGCUAGCUGAAUUGAUCCACCGACAAGAAGUGCAGAAGCUUCUAGAGCUCGAGUUCCAGUCAUACGCGGAGCAGCAAAAGUAUCUCAAAGACGCGAAAGAUGCCCGUCAUAAGGUGUACCAUGUCCUUGAUAGUGCACAGGAUAUGAUAAAACAAACCGAGGACCCCGCCAAGCAAUCUAUUGCCAAGGAUGUGUAUGACUACUGCACCAAGGCCAUCGGAACAUCCCUCCAAUUAAUCCGUAGUUACAAUACCCGUCUCACCUACCUUGACAAGCUCAAGACCCACAGUGAAGACCUCAUCAAACAGCUAAAGUGGCUCAAUCCAGCCACCCAACAGAAGGAAGCUCGGCGCCUUGCUCUUGAGGCCGGCAUGUAUAAGAAAGCUGCGCUUGAUAAUGCCAAAAAGUUUCAGCAUUUUGUACCAAAUCAAUUCUCAAAAUGGCUCAAGGAGAGUAAAAUCUUGUUUGAGGAUCUUGUGCAAGAUAAUAUGGGAAAACUUGGUUUUAGGGGUGCUUUCAAGAACUUGGGUGAUAUACAGAAGCUACAGGUAUAUGACAAAAUUAUUGCACAAGCCGGUCAAGGAAAACCCGUGGUGACUUACACAUUCGAAGCUUUGGGAAAAGUCGGGGUUGCAGUGUUGCUUUUUACAGCAGGUGUAAUGGUGUGGGACAUAUUCACGGCAGAGGACAAGAUGGAGGCAGCGGUUAGGAAUUCAGUGAAUGCAUUAACUGCAGUAGUUAGCCUUGUGGUGGGAGAUCUAGCAACAGCUGCUAUAGAAGCUCGGUUCAUAGCACUUAACAUCGAAAUCGCUUCUGUAGCUCUCACAGUAAUCGGAGCAGUCGCCGGAAUCGGAAUUGGUGUGGUAAUUGGGAUCGCUGCAGGUGCGCUGCUUGACUUGAUUUUCAGCAGUGGAACGAGCCAGGUGAAGAUAACAGACGGGCUUACUGUUUGUCGUGUGGCUCCGAUGUCCGAUGGUCUCCCACUUGCUCGUCUGGUGAAACACAAUUACCCGGACCUGUGAACUGUCUAUGAUAAAGGGAUAUAUACUUAUGUCUUUGUCUAA